GCCACGCCGAGCCGGGCGCUUCUGCGCGUCCUGAGCGAGGUGCAGCCUCUGGAGAAGUUGCUGUGCGCGCUGAGCGCUGUUCGGUGCCGGUUUACGAGUGUGUUGCUACAGCUUUCCGAUGGGGGUAAAAACAGCUGUCAAAAGAUACGAAACAAGAAAUAAGAAAGAAGUGGCAUCACCCAGAUCCCGAGUGGAUUGGAGACGCACUAGAAGGGCGCUCAUACUGCCGGACAGCAAUGACGAAUCCUCAGCCGCCUCUGAGGAGGAGGAGGAGGAGGAGUCUGCCUCAUCCGAAAGCGAAAUAGAUGAGAAGCAUCCGGCGGCUGUGGAGCGCAGCCCUCCCGAUCAGCAGGAGAAGCGCCACAGCGGGGAGGCAGCGGAAGAUGGGGACGAUGAGUGCGUUGUGCCUGGGAAGCGCAAGAGGCUGAGCGCCUCCGUCAUGUACGACAGCGAUGGAAGCGAGGGCAGUGACAUACUUGUUAGAAGGGUCUCUGCCAAACGCCGCUGUAUAAUGGAUGACGAUGAGAGUUGCGAACAGCAGCCUGAUAAAACGUGCCCCACAGAGAAUGCUUCUGCUAGCAGGAAACAGAAAGUGCUCGCAAAAUUGAAGGAGCUUGUAAGACAAAGCACAGCGCGGAGGUCCUGCAGCAGUGCAAGUUGUGAGGAUUCUAAUGGUGAAGCAAUGGAAGAGGAACCAUUCUGUCAGUUGCCCCUCACACCUUCAGAAGGCAGUGAAACUGAUGGUGACAGCAUGAAAGAUUUUAUAGUAGAGGAAGAGGAAAACGAUGAUGGUAAUGACAUUGACAACACAGAGCAUGUGAAGAAUGAAAAUCAGCCACAUCAAAAGCAACCAAAUCCAUCAAACAGCGAGCUGCUGGCACACUACAUCCCACAGUUAUCUCGCUGUGAUCAUUAUGUACACUUCAAAAGAAUAGUAAAGGCUUUCCUCAUAAAUGCAAUUGAUGACACUUUUCUGAGCUCAUUAUAUGAUGGAACAAGACAGAAGAAGUAUGCACAAGAGAUGCUGCUCUCACUGCAUUAUUUGGAUGACCGCUUCGUUCAGCCUCGCCUUGAGAACUUGAUCUGUAGAAGUCGCUGGAAGGAUCGAUACAAGGAGCGUGUGGAUUGUUACCCAGAUGUUCGCAUAAGCUUGCAAAGUGCACAGAAUAUGUCUUGUCAGGCCUGUGAGCUGAAGCGGUGGUGCAAGUUCAAUGUAGUGCUCUCUGGAAGGCUUUAUAAUAGUAAAACUUUGGAAGUGGAUGACUUCAUGUCAGGUGAUAAACAGGUUUUGAAGGUUGGUACGGUGUGUGCAAAUCGUACAAGAGUUUAUCACAACUUGAAACACUUCAAGUACAAGUUAUACAUGGAUUGCAGCUCCAUUGUGGAAUUGGAUGGUGUUGAGGAUGAACCAGUCAAAGACACUGUGGAGCGGCUUUUCAGCCACUUGGAAGAGACUGGGUGGAUUCAGAAGAGAUACAAUGAUCUUGAAGAUUACCUGGAAGAUGCAGACAAUUUCCAAGAAGAGAAAAUUGAUUAAGAGGUCAUAUAGCUCUUUGAAAGACAUCUUUAAAAAUGUGAAUGGCCUACUUCAUCUGCAUGCACUUUAUCUCUGCCUGGACUUCAAGACUUCUAUGUAGGCUGUUACACGGAAAUUCAUAUGCCUUUAAAUUACUGUUUGAUAAUGUGCUGUAUCUUUUUUUCUCAUCUGUGUCAAUACAAAUCCAAAGUUUUACCAAAUCAGUCCUUCCAGGCUUACUGCAUUAAUCACUUUAAGUUUCCUACUGUUAGAAAUAUCAGUUCAAUGUCUGUUUACUUGUGGAAUAAAAUUUCCACCUAUUCAGAUUGAGCUGCAUUGUAGACAACACAGGAGAUGCUGCUAUCUUUUGAAGUGGGUAUAUUUGGAAAGGUAAGGCUUUGUUAUACCAGAACUUAGAACUUGCAUCUUACCUUCCUUAUUGCUCAUUAUGUACAAGUCAGUCCAGUCAGUUAGAAUGAUAAUUACAACAAACAGGACCCAAAUGCAAAGAUCUAUUUCUCCUCUGACGAAUCAGUAUAGACAGUUGCAAGGCAACAGAGGAAAUAUUCUGCAGUCCUGACUGCAUUUGCAGCACAGUAGUCAUUCCUCUCUUGAGAAAGUAGGUGAUGAGUCACAGUAUGGGCGUCAUACAGACUGAGUCUGGCUCAGCCAUUUAAAUGAGCACAUGGGCCCACAUUGCUGUCUCUGAUAAGUAGCUGGGGCAAUUUACUGAGAUUUUAAACAUCGGGUUACAUUGUGCAAACAUAAUGGCAGCACUUGGAGUAACCCUAAGAGAAUGGGUUAAUAUGCCCAAGGAAGAUAAGCAAGAAUUCUUUCAGUGUAACUUAAGAGAAAGUAGGAGUUAGUCAGAAACAGGAUGUAUGGCUUACCAUAAUUGCAUGAAACCCAAAUCAGAGUAGAUUUUCAAGGAUUUUGGAAGGGUUUAAGUAUGGUUCUGCGCAUUCUGAAAAAUUGGACAAGAACUGCAAAUGUGUACUCACAGCCCAGAAAGUCCACUGUGUCCUGGGCUGCAUCCCAAACAGCAUGGCCAGCCGGCUGAAAGAGGUGAUUCUGCCUCUCUGCUCUUCUGAAACCCUACCUGGAAUGCUGCAUCCAGUUCUAGGGUCCUGGCACAGGAAAGACAGGACGUCCUCCUUGCUGGAGCAAGUCCAGAGGAGGGUCCCUAAAUUGAUCAGAGGGCUAGGUGUGGAUUGGCUGAUAGAGUUGGGGUUGUUCAGUCUGGAGAAGGGAAGGCUCUGGGGGACCAUAUUGCAACCUUUAAGUAUCUAAAGGGGGCCUACAAGGAAGAUGGAGAAAGACUUUUUACCAAGGCCUUGUAGUGAUAGGACAACAGGUUUUGAACUCAAAGAAGUAGGUAUAGAUAGACAUAGGGGAAGAAAUUUUUUACUGUGAAGUUGGUGAGGUGUCGCAGACAUCUUUUCAUGAAAAAUCCUUUCCUUAAGAUUUUUCCUCCUGAGAAGCUGAGAGGCCUCAGGAACAAAAUGUAAACAGUGGUUAUCUGCUGCUGUGGAAUGCAACAGGUGGAUCUGUGACUGGCUCAUGUUGGUUUGUUUGUAAUUAAUGGCCACACAGCUGGCUCGGACUCUCUGUCUGAGACAGAAGCUUUGUUAUCAUUCUUUCCUAUUCUGUUCUUAGCUGGCCUUCUGAUGAAAUCCUUUUCUUCUAUUCUUUGAGUAUAGUUUUAAUGUAAUAUAUAUUAUAAAAUAAUAAAUCAAGCCUUCUGAAACAUGGAGUCAGAUCCUAGUCUCUUACCUCAUCCAAGAACCCCUGUGAACACCGUCACAGUGAGGCACUGGCACAGGUUGCCCAGAGAAGGUGUGGAUGCCCCACCCUUGAAGGCUGUUAAGGUUAGGUCAGGAUGGGGCUUUGAGAAACCUGGUAUAUUGGAAGAUAUUCCUGGCCAUUAUGAUUAAAGGUCCCUUCCAACUCAAAUUAUUUAGUGUUUCUGUCUCUAUAUUUUGGGCUGCAUAUAAAAAGAAUCAGAUGUAGCCUAAGAAAAUUAAGGGCACAGUGUUUUGAAACCUACAUCUUGCUGUAUGCAAGUACUCUAUUAGUCUUUUGUGGCUGAAUAACUUAGUGAAAGAUACUGUUAAUACUCUGAAUCAUUUUAACAUGUCACUCUCUCAGGAGCAAAACUAAUGGAACCUGAUUUCUCAUAGAUUUAUCCAUAAGAAGUCACCACAUUUAUUUUGCCACUUUACUGGGAACAGAUACUCAGAUUGGGUAGGCAACUGCUGCCAGAUGUAUUGCUUAACAAUGAACAUCUGCUGCCUUUUUACAUAGAGAUUCUACCUUAGAUUUAUCAUUCACUACUCUUUUUCUAGCAUUUGUUUUGAGAAAUUAACUGCUUUUACUUUUUUAAAGACUUGAAAUUCAGCAAUAUUUUAAAUGCUAUUAGGCUAAGUUGGUAGCAUGAGUACUCCUUUCUACCACAUACAGAUACAAGAUAUACAAAACCAAGAUGAAAAUUCCCAGUAAACAGAUUGAGACUUGCCAUCAAGUAAGCUUAUGUUGAAGAUAUUCUUUCCAUACCUUAUCUGUAAGUUAGACACAUAAAAUUCUGAGGUUUGGUAUGUCUCAUAUCUAUCUCCCUAGUUACCAAAGCUGAAGGUUUCCUUCUGUAUUCCUUCUCCCCCCUCAUCUCUGUUCUUCUGGGAAUAUUGGUGGGAACACACCCAUCAACUUAAAAGUACUUGGGAAUCCAUCUUGAAUAUAUCCAUUUUAGUUAUUGAAACCUCACUUAUUUCUGUUAACAAAAUCUUUGUAAAGUUUUGUUCACUUCUCUAGAACAUAACAUACAUUUGGUGUACCUUAAUUCUUACAAAGGAAAACCAUUAUGAAAUGAGUUCUGUACCAUAUAAUGGAAUAUGUCCUCUUAGAGCCUUCCUGACUGGUCCUAAUUUUUGCUACUGUAUGAAUUUUCUGAAAACUCUCAAGACUAUGAAUUUGCUUUAAAAUUUUGUUAUCAGAAUGAAUAGUUGAUCUCUCAUUUUUCUACAUUAAAACAAUU